AGGUGUGGAGUGGAGUGAGGACGAUUUUCUGAUUUAUUUCUUGGUUAAACAUAUUUUAGUAAACAGAAAAAGCUUUAUUAACAUUAUUUUUUUAUCUUAAAAUGGCAGGCCUGCUAUUGAGCCCAUCAGAAAAAGUUUACAUACUUCAUGGUGUUCAGGAUGAUUACCGCUCAGAUGGGAGAUCCAAUAUAGACUACAGGCCUAUGGAGCUAGAGACAGAUGUUGUCAGUCAUGCUAGUGGCUCAGCGAGGCUCCGGCUAGCAAACACAGAUAUACUUGUUGGUGUUAAAACUGAGAUAGAUGUCCCAAGCCCAGACAAACCAGGAUUAGGAAAGAUAGAGUUCUUUGUUGAUUGUUCAGCGAAUGCAACACCCGAGUUUGAAGGCCGUGGUGGGGAGCAGCUGGCUAAUAGCAUAUCUAACAUGAUGCAGAAAGCGUACCACUCAUCACAAGCAUUUGAUUUGAAGCAGCUCUGUAUAUUUGAAGGCAAACAGUGCUGGAAGCUAUAUGUGGAUAUUUUGAUAUUAGAAUGCGGUGGAAACCUAUGUGAUGCAGUGUCACUGACAGUGAAGGCAGCAUUGUUCAAUACGAGGAUUCCAUUCGUCAAGGCGGCGCUCAUGGAUGGUGGGAAUGUAGAUUUGCAGCUAUCUGAUGACCCAUUUGAUUGCAAACUACUUGAUGCUGGCUCUGCUCCUUUGUUGGUAACAUUAUGUAAAAUUGGUGAAAAAUGCGUAGUUGACCCUUCGGCAGAGGAAGAGAGCUGCAGUGUGAUCUCUCUGAUCGUGGGUGUUACUGGGAACCCAAUGUACUACUGUAGCAAAGACGAAGCUAACUCGCUCCCAAGUACACACAGUAAAUGUAGUACAAUCGGAAUGAAUGGUUGCGGCAGCGUAGCGACGAAAACUUUGAAGGAUGCCAUAAACCAAGGAUUGAUAGCUGCCAAAACCCUGGACGAAUCCCUGGGCCAUACACUUUUACGAGAAAGACAAGAACAUGUUGAAUUCAAAAAGCAUUCUUAUGGCUUCCUAAAAUAAAGGAUUUGCAAAUAAAACACUAUUUCCCAAUAACCUUUAUUGAUAUACC